AUGAAGUCCUUUACAGCUUUAGCCGUCCUUUCCUCUUUCGCAGCAGCUGUUGGACAGGCACACCAUGCAUCUUCCGAUCUACCGUGGCAUCCGCUAUUGACUAGGACAGCGGAUGGUACCCUGACGAGAAAGACAGUCUCUACCAAUAUGUCUGCCAAUACUUCUGUGAGUUUUCUCGAACUGGGGUCAACUACUCCCGUGAAUGAUCGGACGUGCGCGUGCAGGUUAAUCGAGGAGAGCCGCGUGACUGCCCCCGCCGCACCAAAUCCGACAUCGUACACAUUUGCGCCACGAGGUGCUAUGACUUCACCAACACCUGCCUUCCGACAAAUAUCACCGAUACCAGGGUUUGCUGCUGUGCAAUCGCCCGUAAUGCUACUGUCUCCCACCGUCCCGGUACGAGAGGUGUCUUCGCCCCUGUGA